AUGCGAUCUCUCCCUAUUUGUGAGAUUGAUCAUCACAUUCUUUUUCCUAAGGGAUCCAGUCCAGUAAAUGUUGAGCCUUAUCAGUAUCCUUACUUCCAGGAGCAUGAGAUUGAGAGACAACCAGUAGAAUCAGGCAAUGACUUUGAAAUUCGACGCUAUGAAUCCAUUGUGUUGAUCUCAAAUUCCCCUGUUCAAGGCGAUUCUUUGGUAGGAGCUACAAGAACUGGCGUCGAAAGGCUAUUUAGUUAUAUUCAUGGUAAUAACAGCCGAAAGGAACAGAUCGAGAUGACUGCACCAGUGAUCACUGAAGUCGCAACGGGUAAUGUCUCCGCAUUUAUUGUGAGCUUCUAUUUGCCGAAAGCAAACCAAGAAAACCCACCUUCUGCAGAGGGUCUCAGAGGUGUAAGAUUGAAGAGUGUAUAUGCAGCAAUUAGACAGUUUGGUGGAUUUGUGACUGAUUCAAAUGUUGAGAAGGAAGUUGCAGCCUUAAGCGCUAGUCUUUCUGGCACCAAGUGGUCUUCUGCCAUUCAGAAAGGAGGUUAUGCCGUGGGACAAUAUAAUUACCCUUUUAAAUUGAUUAAUAGGGUGAAUGAGAUAUGGUUCUUGCUUUAA